UCGAGUCUCGGCGCUAACAAGCGGCUCUUGAAAAUAUUUUCCAUUAUGCAGGACCCGCGGCCGGAUCCGAAUUAACUUUCAUACUAUUCACACUGAAGCGAGAUGAUUGUAUUGUUUCUGACAUGGCUACUGAAUUCUUUACACCACGUCGAGCCGUAUCGAUAUCGUCCCGAGAACGCAAUGGCGCGCUCCUUCUACGGAGCGAAUAAUGCCCCAACCAAGUACUUCGCUAAUAUCAAUGAGAUUCCCUUCCACGUCUUAAUAGUGUAUAGCAAAUUCUACUGCUCUGGUACCCUGGUGAGGAGUAAAAUUGUGAUGACGGUCGCCAGCUGUCUCAAUUUAGAUAAAUUCAAGAAGCUAGUCGUCAAACUCGGUGUUGAGAGUAUCACUGGACAUGGACAAGUAAUACCAGUUAUCGACAUUAAGAUCCACGAGUAUUACAAAUACAUGGGGCGGAUAGACAACGACAUCGCCUUGCUAAUGUUGCAGGAACACGUGCUUUUUAGCCCAAUUGUGAAAAAGGCAGUACUUGUGGAGCCUGAAAUUGUUCUAGGACAUGGUUUCACCAUAGAAGUGUCAGGAUGGGGCAACACUAACUUGCCCCAGACGUACGUUAACCAGUUACUAUGGACAGAAAUGGUUAUAAUAGAAAAACAAGAAUGCGCUAAGUACUACAAACACCUUUUAACGCCAUCCAAUUUCUGUGCCAAAUAUCCUCCGGAACGUCGUCUGAGCGACAAUGGCGGUCCAGCCGUGUACGACAGACAGGUGGUCGUUGGCAUGCUGUCCUAUGGUGGCUCUAGUACUGAAGAACCACACAUCGCCAUCUUUAGCAACAUUUCCUACUUUAACAGAUGGAUAACACUGAACACGAAGAGAUUUUUAGAGAAAUAUUGCGUACCGAAGGCGGAUCCUUAUGAAUAUUAUGUAGUAUCUGAUACGAAUACUUCAUAAAACAGCU